AUGUCGCUCAUCAGCAUCCUCAAAGGAAGCCUUCACCUCGCCGCCAAAGCUCCGGGCCUCAUUGUCGUUCAUCCUGGCGGAGGUGUCAAAGAGCAGGUGGCAAACGUGUACGCAGAGCGGCUGUCUGCACAGGGUUAUGUGUCGGUCGCCUUCGAUGCACUAUACCAAGGUUCCUCGGAGGGUCUUCCUCACUCUCUAGAAGACCCCGACUCCAGGGUCUCCGACGUGUCCGCGGUGGUAGACUACCUCCAAGGUCUGGACUAUGUCGAUCCCGACGCCAUUGUCGUUGUUGGAAUCUGUGCUGGUGGUGCGUACGGUAUCGCUGCUGCUACCACAGACCAUCGUAUCAAGGCAGUGGCAGCAGUCAGCCUUGUCAACAUCGGCGAUUCCACCCGCCAAGGGUGGCUGAACACAAUGAAUCAGUCAGAUGUUUUCGAUGUGCUAGACGAUGCCGCGCAACGCCUUCAGGGUACUGCCACUGGUGGCAACGCCACGUUCGUCCCGUUUUUGUUAGAACCUACUGAAGAUACUCCGCCUGACCUCGUUGAUGCUUGGGAUUAUUAUCGUACUCCCCGAGGCUACUAUAACACCUCCGAGAACGUCAUGGCUGGCGCAUCAACUCCUUUACUUCUGCGCUUUGACGCAUGGGAGUUCGCAGGCCAGUACCUCACUCAGCCUACCCUCCUCAUCGCUGGAGAAGACGCCGACAGUAGGUGGCAGACGGACAAGAUUCACGACAAGAUCAAGGACUCCAACGCCAACGCCGUCAAGAUUCUCGUUCCCGGUGGUCGACACAUGGACUUCUACGACCGGGAACCUUACCUCGGACCUGCUUUGGAAAACAUCACGUCAUUUUUCAACACUCAUCUCAACCUGUAA